GCUGGUGCCAAAGAGCAUUGCCACUUAACAGCUGUAAGGUGGAAACUAUUUACAGAUGCAAUGCCAGUCGAGAUCAGAUGAGCUGGUUUUCUUUGUGAAUGGAAAGAAGGUAAGUGAUAGGAAUGCGGACCCAGAAGUCACUCUGCUAACCUUCCUAUGAAAGAACUUAGGCCUCACAGGAACCAAGGACGCCUGUGGAAGAGGAGGCUGUGGCGCCUGUACCUUGAUGGUGUCUAAGUGUGACCCUGUGUCCAAGGAGAUAAGGUACUUCCCCACCGCCGCGUGCCUGGUGCCCAUCUGCUCUCUGUAUGGAGCUGCUGUCACCACGGAAGAAGGCAUGGGAAGCAUCAGAACCAGGCUGCACCCCGUGCAGGAGGGGAUCACCAAGAGCCACAGCACCCAGUGUGGACUCUGCGUCCCUGGGAUGGUGACAUCCAUGUACGCGCUGCUCAGGAACCACCCACAGCCCUCAGAGGAGCAGCUCAUGGAAGCCCUGGGGAGUAAUCUGUGCUGCCGCACGGGGUACCGGCCGCUCCCCGACAGUGGGAAGACCUUCUGCGUGGAAUCAAAUGGCUGCCAACAGAAAGGAACAGGAAAAUGCUGCUUGGAUCAGAGAGAAGAAGAUGAUUCUUCCUUACGUGGCAGGAAUAGCGACAUUUCCACAGAGUUAUUUACAAAAGAUGAGUUCCAGCCCUUGAACCCUACCCAGGAGCUCAUAUUUCCCCCAGAACUCUUGAGAAUGGCAGAGGACCCAGAGAAAGGAAACCUGACCUUCCAUGGAGAGAGGGUUACCUGGAUCUCCCCUGGGACCCUCACGGACGUCCUGGAGCUGAAAGUGAAAUACCCCGAAGCCUCCUUCAUCCUCGGCAACACCUCCCUGGGACCUGCAAUGAAAUCUCAAGGACAUUUUCACCCAAUUCUCCUCUCUCCUGCUAGGAUUUCUGAGCUGAGUAUUGUGUCUACAACAAGUGAGGGACUGACAAUAGGUGCAGGCUGCGGUCUAGCCCAGGUGAAGGACACCUUGGCUGAGAGGGUUUCCGAGCUCCCGGAGGGGAAAACUGAGACAGACCAAGCCCUCCUGAAGCACCUGAGGAGUCUGGUGAGCCAGCAGACCCAGUGCUCCUUAGGGGGACAUAUCAUAAGUCGGCAUUGCUAUUCGGACCUGAAUCCAAUUCUGGCUGUGGGCAAUGCACCUCACAAUAAAUGUCAUUUAUCCUCAACAGAAGGUACGCAGCAGAUUCCUCUAAACGAAUAUUUUCUUGCUGGGUUGGCAAGAGCAGACCUGAAGCCUGAGGAAAUUGUGCAGCCUGCGCUCAUCCCUCACUUUCGAAAGUGGGAAUUUGUGGCAGCCUUCCCACAGGGUCAGGGUCAGGGUCAGGGUCAGCAGAACGCCGCAGCCGAUGUGAACGCCGGCGUGUGGGUCCUCAAGGAAGGCACAGGCACCACCGAGGGCCUGAGCGUCGCCUACGGAGGGGUCGGGGCGGCCACCACCUGUGCUCACGGAUCCUGCCAGCAGCUCCGAGGGAGGUGAUGGAAUGCGCUGAUGCUAGAUGAGGCUUGCAGGCCUUUGGAUGAAGUGUCUCUCCCAGGCUCAGCUCCAGGGGCCAGGGUAGAAUUCAAGAGGACUCUGGUGGCCAGCUUCUUCUUCAAGUUCUACCUAGAGGUUCUGCGGCAACUGAAGAAGCUGAUCAGAUUCAAACCAGACUGCCUCCAUUCUCUUGAAGUUUCAGACCUAUUCCCGAGUGCUCUAGAAGAUUUCCCGGCCACCGUGCCUCAGAAAGUCCAAAGGUACCAGAAUGUGGAUUCUCACCAACCCCUCCAACAUCCAAUGGGAUGCCCCAUCAUGCACCUGUCAGGUCUUAAGCAGGACACAGGGGAAGCCAUGUCUUGUGAUGACAUCCUUAGGGUGGAUAAAGAACUUUCCAUGCCUUUGGUGACCAGUACGAGAGCCCAUACAAAAAUCACAUCAAUUGAUUUUUCCAAGGCCCUUAAACUGCCCGGGGUGGUUGAUGUGAUAACAGCUGGAGACAUUCCAGGCACCAAUGGCACUAAAGACAGCAAAUAUUUGGCUGUAGAUGAGAUAUGGAAAAUGCCUUUCCAGAUGACUGUACUGUGCGUGGGCCAGAUCAUCUGUGCUGUGGUUGCAGAGACCGACAUACAGGCGAAGGGUGCAAUUGAGAAGAUAAAGAUCACCUAUGAAGAUCUGGGGCCUGUAAUCUUCACCACCGAGGAUGCCAUCAAACACAAUUCAUUCUUAUGCCCUGAAAAAAGACUUGAGCAAGGAGACAUUGAGGAGGCAUUUGGAAAAGUCGAUCAAAUUGUUGAAGGAGAGGUCCACGUUGGAGGACAGGAACAUUUUUACAUGGAAACACAAAGAGUGCUUGUUUUUCCAAAGAGAGUGGAAGAACUGGACAUUUAUGUGUCAACACAGGAUCCAUCCCACGUGCAAAAAACAAUGUCUUCUACUUUAAACAUCCCAAACGACAGGGUCACCUGUCAUGUAAUCCAAGUGGGUGGAGGUUUUGGCGGGGAAAUAGGAAGACCAUCUGUUGGGGCUGCUGCCUCUGUGGGCGCUAUUAAAACUGGCCACCCCAUUUGUCUUGUUCUUGAUCAUGAAGAUGACAUGUUAAUAGCUGGAGGAAGACACCCAUUGUUUGGAAAAUGUGAAGUGGGAUUCAUGCACAGCGGACGAAUGGAAGACCUAGACACUGAGUGCUUCAUUAACCGAGGGUGCACUCUAGGAGACUCAGAGGUGACAACAAAAUUUCUUUUAUUAAAGCUGGAAAAUGCAUAUAAAAUCCAAAACCUCAGGUCCCAGGGCCGUGCAUGUAUGACCAAUUUACCAUCCAAUAUGUCCUUUCGCAGGUUUGGUUUCCCACAAGGAAUCCUAGUAAUAGAAUCUGGCAUAGCAGCUGUGGCAGCUAAAUGUGGUCUUCUGCCAGAAAAGGUUAAAGCGAAAAAUAUGUACAGAACUGUUGGUAAAACCAUUUACAAACAGGAGUUCAACCUUGAGCUCCUUAUGAGAUGCUGGAACGAAUGUCUGGACAAGCCUUCCGGUGCUGUGCUUUCUGAGCUCAAAGUUCUCAAGGCAGCUGCACUCGUUCAUAUCUGCACAGACGGGUCUGUGUUGGUCACACAAGGAGGCAACGAACUGGGACAAGAUAUUCACACCAAAAUUCUACAGGUGGCCAGCCGUGAAUUAAAAAUACCCGUGUCUUGUAUACACCUCUCUGAAACAAGAACAGCCACGGUGCCCAAUGCAAUCGCUACGGCAGCAUCCAUCAUUUCAGAUGUCAAUGGCAGGGCCGGGCAGGAUGCUUGUCAGCUCCUUCUGAAACGCCUUGAGCCCAUCAUUAAGGAAAAUCCAGAAGGCACAUGGGAAGACUGGAUAAAAGCUACUUUUGAACAAAGAAUCAGUCUUUCAGCCACAGGACACUUCAGGGGCUACAAGGCCUUCAUGGACUGGGAGAAGGGGGGGGUACCAUUUCCUUACUGUAUCUAUGGAGCAGCCUGUUCCAAGGUUGAAACUGACGGCCUGAUAGGAGCUCACAAGAAAAUAAGCACAGACGUUGGCAUGGACGCAGGUAGCAGCCUCGGUCCAGCCAUCGACGUCGGGCAGAUUGAAGGUGCGUUUAUUCAGGGAAUGGGCCUCUAAACCCCUGAAGAGCCGAAAUAUUCCCCAGAAGGUGUCCUGUACUCGCGAAGCCCAGACGAGCACAAAAUCCCAACCAUCACGGAUGUCCUAGGGGAGUUCAAUGUCUCCUCGUGGCCGUCGUCACCAAACCCACUAACCAUCUAUGCCUCCAAAGGCCUAGGGGAGUCCGGAGUGGCCCUGGGGUCAUCUGUAUUCCUUGCCAUCAUUGAUCCUGUGGCCACAACAUGCAGGGAGAGAGAAAUAGCUGAAGACUUCCCAGUGAAGAGCCCAGCAACUCCAGAAUGGGGUCGAAUGGCCUGCGCGGAUCAGUUCACACAGGUGAUCCCAAGAGAUGACCCUAAGGCAUUUAAACCUUGGUCUAUCCCUGUAGCAUAA